ACCCAUCGUUCAACCUUAAACCCUUCAAAAAACACAACCUUUGUGUCUGCACAGCAAUUUCAUCUCCGAAACAAACACAACACUUUUACGAUGAAUCGCAUGAAAGCAAUAACCUCGUCCCUCAGAUACCUCAAAUCAUCAUCACUUGCUACACGAGUUCUCGCAACUCGGAACCAGGUUUCUCACUUUUCUUCUUCCUCUUUUUCACUCCCUCUUUUGAACCGAUCCAAAGAUUUGUUAUGUUUUCACAACAAUCAUCAAAAACACUAUUUUUCUUCAAAACCCAACAUGAUUUUGGAGCGUGUUUUUACCAAUGAUUGGUCUGAAGAGUUAGAGAAAGAGUUGGAAGCAUGUCGUGAAUCAUUGACUCAUGAAACUGUUGUUUAUGUUUUGAAGCGAUUGGAUAAAAACCCAAUUAAAGUUUUUACCUUUUUCAAUUGGGUCAGUGAGAAAGAGUGGUUUAUGGCAAGUUCUUCGGUUUAUAGCUUGGUUCUUAGGGUUUUAGCUAGUAAUAAGGAGAUGAAAGAGUUUUGGAUUGUUCUUAGGGCUAUGAAGGAAAAAGGGUUUUAUUUAGAUGAAGAGACGUAUUUGACGAUUUCUACGGGUUUGAAAAGGGAGAAUUUGAAGAGUGAUAUUGUUGCACUUUCACAUUUCUAUAAAGGGAUGCUUGAGCAAAAUGCAAUGCAGAAUGUUGUUAAAAAGGUGGUUGGCAUUAUUUCAGGGUCUGAUUGGGAUGAUAAGGUUGAGAAUGAACUGGAGAAGGUUAAAAUUCAGCUUUCGGAUAAUUUCGUGAUUAGGGUUAUGAAAGAGCUUCGAGAUAGUCCCUUAAAGGCUUAUAAGUUUUUUCAUUGGGUUGGGAAGCAAUCUGGUUAUCAACAGAAUACAGUGACUUAUAAUGCAGUUGCUAGAGUUCUUCCAAGGAUGGAAUCAAUUGAGGAGUUUUGGAGUAUUCUUGAGGAGAUGAAGAGUGUCGGUCAUGAAUUGGAUCUUGAUACUUACAUUAAGAUAUCGAGGCAGCUUCAAAAGAAUAAGAUGAUGGAGGAUGCUGUCAAGCUUUAUGAGCAUAUGAUGGAUAGUUCAUAUAAGCCUUCAGUUCUGGAUUGCAUUAUGCUUUUAAAGAGCAUCUCUGCAAGCGAUAAGCCGAAUUUGGAUUUAGUUUUCAGGGUAGCUAAGAAAUUCGAGUCAUCAGGGUAUACUCUUUCCAAGGCAGUCUAUGAUGGUAUUCAUAGGUCUUUGACAAGUGCUGGGAAAUUUGAUGAAGCUGAAAAGAUUGUCGAGACCAUGAAAAAUGCUGGCUACGAGCCCGAUAACAUCACCUACAGUCAACUUAUUUUCGGACUUUGUAAGACGGGGAGGUUUGAAGAAGCACUUAAGGUAAUCGAUGAUAUGAAAGCUAACAAUAUUUGGGUUGAUAUCAAGACUUGGACUAUCUUGAUCCAAGGGUACUGUGAUGCCGGCAAACUAGAUGAUGCGUUAUUUAGUCUCUAUAAGAUGAUUGAAACUAAGGAUGCAGAUGCUGAAUUGUUGGAAGUUCUAGUUGAGGGUUUUCUUAAGCAAAAAAGAAUCGAUGGUGCAUACAAGUUGCUUUUAGAGAUAUCUACUAAGUGUCGUACAUGUCCACGUCAAGCUACAUUCAAGAAACUGAUUGAUAGUCUAUUAGGAGUCAGAAAGUUUGAGGAGGCACUCGACCUGCUUCGUUUGAUGAAGUCUAAACAAUACCCUCCAUACCAUGAACCAUUUGUGUCACAUAUUUCGAAGUUUGGGACCAUGGAGGAUGCUGCAGAAUUCCUGAGGGUGUUGAGUUUAAAAAAUUACCCAUCCCAUACAGUUUACCUUCAAAUUUUUGAAUCCUUAUUUCAAGAAGGUAGACUUUCAGAGGCCAAAGAUCUAUUGUACAAGUGUCCUCACCAUAUCAGGAAGCAUAGCAAAAUCUCGGAACUUUUUGGUUCAUCCAAGAGUCAGACGGCAGAGACCCAGGCGACCGAUAGUCAGAUAGCUGCUACUUGAUCUCUGAUUUUUUUUCUUAGUAUCUAUCUCAUCUUUAAUCAACCAAUAACUUUUGUCAAGCUGUUGGGUGGAUUUUUCUUUGCACUUGGAAAACCAUUAGGAGAUAAUAUAUGGUGUCAGUCAAGUUAUUUUUUAUUUUGUUAGAAGUUUUCAUGUAUGAUUAGUACUGUUAUCAUUGCUAAGUUUUUAUUUAUUUAAAAAGGUUUAAUUAAUCCAGUUUUUAUAUUUUUCUAAAGGAUGUGGAUGCAUGUACAUGCUUGAUAAACAGAAUAUAUUUUAGUGGCACCUGUUUCGCUUCCAA